UUUUCUACUAGUUUUCUCCUGCCUGGUGCUGUCAGUCUUUUCGACCAUUGAUGAGUACCAGAACAGCUCAGAAGGGGCCCUUUACAUCCUGGAAAUAGUCACCAUCGUGGUGUUUGGGGUGGAAUACUUCGUGAGGAUCUGGGCCGCCGGCUGCUGCUGCCGAUACCGGGGCUGGAGAGGGAGGUUGAAGUUUGCCCGCAAGCCUUUCUGUGUCAUCGACAUCAUGGUGCUGAUUGCAUCCAUCGCCGUGCUGGCGGCAGGAUCCCAAGGGAAUGUCUUCGCCACCUCAGCACUCAGGAGUUUAAGGUUCCUGCAGAUCCUGCGCAUGAUCCGCAUGGACCGGCGGGGCGGCACAUGGAAGCUCCUGGGCUCUGUGGUCUACGCACACAGCAAGGAGCUGAUUACUGCCUGGUAUAUUGGCUUCCUGUGCCUCAUUCUGGCCUCUUUCCUGGUGUAUUUGGCCGAGAAAGGAGAAAAUGAGCACUUUGAUACAUACGCAGAUGCACUCUGGUGGGGUCUGAUUACUCUCACCACCAUUGGCUAUGGGGACAAGUACCCCCAGACCUGGAACGGGCGGCUGCUGGCGGCUACGUUCACCCUCAUCGGCGUCUCCUUCUUUGCCCUUCCUGCUGGCAUCUUGGGUUCGGGGUUUGCUCUGAAGGUUCAAGAGCAGCAUCGGCAAAAACACUUUGAGAAGAGGCGAAACCCAGCAGCGGGCCUGAUUCAGGCGGCUUGGAGAUUUUAUGCCACUAACCUGUCCCGGACGGACCUGCACUCCACUUGGCAGUACUACGAGCGCACCGUCACCGUCCCCAUGUACAGCACGCAAACGCAAACGUACGGUGCCUCCAGACUAAUCCCUCCUCUGAACCAGCUGGAGCUCCUGAGGAACCUGAAGAGCAAAUCGGGACUGACAUUCAGGAAAGAGCAGCAGCCUGAACCAUCGCCAAGUAAAAGCAAACCGUGCAGAGAGUCACUAUGCGGAUGCUGCUCAGGAAACUCUAGUCAGAAGGUCAGUUUGAAAGAUCGUGUCUUCUCCAGUCCCCGCGGUGCUGGCACCAAAGGGAAAGGCUCUCCACAGGCUCAGGGCAUCAGGAGGUCCCCCAGCGCUGACCAGAGCAUCGAGGACAGCCCAAGCAAAGUGCCCAAGAGCUGGAGCUUCGGAGACCGCAGCCGAGCCCGGCAAGCUUUCCGCAUCAAGGGAGCGGCAUCACGGCAGAACUCAGAAGAAGCAAGCCUCCCCGGAGAAGACAUUCCUGAUGAGAACAAAAGCUGCAACUGCGAGUUUGUGACAGAAGAUUUGACUCCAGGGCUGAAAGUCAGCAUCAGGGCAGUGUGCAUUAUGAGAUUUCUGGUCUCCAAGCGCAAGUUUAAGGAGAGCCUUCGGCCCUACGACGUGAUGGAUGUCAUCGAGCAGUACUCAGCUGGUCACCUGGACAUGCUCUCCCGGAUUAAAAACCUUCAGGCCAGAGUUGACCAGAUCGUUGGGAGAGGAUCCUCCAUGACUGACAAGGAUCGGACCAAAGGGCCGGCAGAGGGGGAGCUGCCUGAAGACCCUAGCAUGAUGGGCAGGCUUGGGAAAGUGGAAAAACAGGUUCAGUCAAUGGAGAAGAAGCUGGACUUCCUGGUGAACAUUUACAUGCAGCGCAUGGGCAUCCCACCGACGGAGACGGAGGCUUAUUUUGGGUCCAAAGAACCAGACCCAGCACCUCCCUACCACAGCCCCGAAGGCAGCAGGGAGCACAUUGACAAGAACGGCUGCAUCAUCAAGAUCAUCAGGUCCACCAGCUCCAUGGGUCAGAAGAACUUCUCCGCCCCACCAGCCCCGACCAACACAUGCCCGCCUUCGACAUCAUGCCAGCGGCAGAGCCACGGCUCCUCGCCUGUCGGAGACCCCGGCUCGCUGGUCCGCAUCCCACCUCCGCCUUCCCAUGAGCGUUCCUUGUCAGCGUACAGCGGCGGGCACAGGGCAAGCGCGGAGUACCUGAGGAACGAAGACAUUACAACCAAACACCACGAGAGUGCCAUGAGAGACAGCGACACGUCCAUCUCCAUCCCCUCGGUAGACCACGAGGAACUGGAGCGCUCUUUCAGCGGCUUUAGCAUCUCCCAGUCCAAAGAGAAUUUGGACAUCCUUAACAACGGUUGCUAUGCAGCCGUGGCCAAAAUCAGACCCUACAUUGCAGAAGGGGAGUCAGACACCGAUUCUGACCUCUGCACGCCCUGCGGUCCUCCCCCCAGGUCGGCCACGGGUGAGGGACCCUUCAGUGACAUGGGCUGGUCAGCCUCCAGGCAGUGA